AUGCCUCUUCCUACUACUAGUACCAUCUCCCAAACAGUCAAUCUCCCAAAUGAUCCACUGUUCAGACAAUUACUCAACAAUGCCCAAGUCAACCCAAACAUCCUGGUCCAUGAUCCAACUCAUAACAAGGAUGCCACCACAGCCCAAUUGCUUCACGAUGUCGUGGCCUUUCAAAACAAAAUCCUCUCACAGCUACCAUCACACCAUAUAAACCACCACGGAAGACUCCAGACCCCAGGAGUCUAUAUCGCCAUCCUUGCUCCCCUCAGUUACGACUUUAUCAUUGCCUUAUACGCCGUCAUCGCCUUGGGGGCUGCAGCCGUACCAUUAUCAAUCAAAGUGCUCCCCGAAGAAGGCGCCUGGCUCGUGAAAAAAUGCAAUGCCAUCUGCCUGCUUGCCCAUCCAGAGCAGAUUCCGCUCGCCUCCCAGAUUCGAUCCCAUGGACCUACUACUAUCACCCCUUCUAAUCGACCCAACCCUAACUUUCCCCUCCACCCAGCCAGGCCUCCUCCUAUUUACAUCGGGCACAACAGGUCCUCCAAAGGGUGCUAUCCUGCCUCGCCAACUCUUCUUCCCCACGUCACACCCGACUGCACUGCCGAUGAUACCGCCAUCGUCUAUCGCGCCGUCAACGGUUUACCCGGGGUCCUGAAUCUAAGUGACCUAGUCUACGUCGGCGCGCGCAUCGAGCUCUUUCCUGCCGGGAUCCAGCCAGCGCCGAUCUGGGAACGACUCCGCGGCGGUGGAGUCACCGUGCUAGCGGGUGCUACUCGUUUCUGGCAGGUGCUCAUGACGCACUACGAAGAGAAGCUGCGGGGCCUACCCGAGGAUGAGCGUAUCCUGUAUGAUGAGGGCGCUCAAAAUCUGCGAGUCGUCUGGUUUGGGGGUGGGAUGCCCUUACCAGUUGCGAAGCGGUUCUGGCUCCGCUUGCGCAAGGAGAGGGACUGGAUGGUAAAGUACGGAGCAUCGGAGUUGGGGAGGGAGGCGAUGGUGUUUCGGUUCGCGAGCGAGAGUGCGGCUUUGAAGCCGAUUAUUGGGCGUCCGUUGGCUGGGACUGAGGUCAAGUUGACAGAUGGCGACCAUGGGGAGUUGUUGAUCAAAAGCCCGACGAUGAUGAUCGGGUACAUCGAUGAUGAAGAACGCACGCGUGCGGCAUUCGAUGACAACGGCUUCUAUCGGACGGGAGAUCUCGUCCACCAAGAUGACCAGGGCAUGUUCGUCUUUGACGGCCUCGUCCGGUUCAACGGGCUUCGUGUCUCAGUCUACGAGGUCGAGUCGCAUCUAUGCGACCUGCCCUACAUGGUCGAGGCAUACGUACUCAGCAUUCCAGACACUCAAUAUGGCCAUCGAGUCGGCGCACUCGUGGUUUUAGGUGCGGGAGAAGCAUCACUGACGCUGGGGAAACUUCGGAAAGAUCUAGCCGCGGUGCUGGCCAUCUAUAAGUUGCCGACGGUGUUGCGUGUGGUUAACAGUGACGAGGAGCUACCACGUAGUCCGGAGGGCAAGUUGUCUAGGAAUCCUGCUUUGCAGAAGUUCUUUCCUACGGAGAAUGGAGAAUUGUCGGGCAAGGUGGAGGUUUGGAACCUGGGGGUGGAGGAAAUGACGACGAAUCGGGCGUGGGAUUGGGGCGGCGUUGUUUGA